AUGGCGGAUUCCCAAGCUUUGCCCGAAACCCAAUUAGCAGCUGAGAUCAAUGAUCAGCCCAAACAAAAAGUCAUCAUUACUUUCAUGGAUGCUGAAUGGUACAAUGCUGCAGCUGAAGACCAAAUCGACAAAUUCAAAGAUUACACAGAGCCUCUAGAUCUUCUGCGUAACCCAAAAAAAAAUACAGUCCUACAUGUUUACAUCACGGCAGUAAAAAAGGAAACAGAAGAAUCCAUUGAAUUUGUGAAACUAGUUAUCAGCAAGUGUCCGCCGCUGCUAGAUGAGCCCAAUAUCAGAGGCGAAACUCCGCUGCAUAUUGCAGCUAGGUUCGGGUACAACAAUAUAGUCGAAUUUCUUAUUCGGAACAUCAAGAAGGCUCAAUACGACGAUCUUGAGAGAGGCGCAGAGGAGUCAACAAGUGAUAAGAUGCUGAAGAAGACAAGCCCAAAUGGAGGCACAGACUUGCAUGAGGCUGUAAGAAAUAAUCAUCCUCGAGUGGUGGAAACAUUGAUAAGAGAAAAUCUUGAAUUUGCGAACAUAGCUAAUGCCGCCAGAGAAAGCCCGCUUUACGUUGCAGCGGUGAGAGAGAGCAAUAUCAUUGCUUUUAGGAUAUUGGAGAUAUGUCCCUCAUCGGCGGCAUACGCCGGUCCCAAUGAUAGAACAGCUUUGCACGAAGCUGUGAUAAGUGAAGAUACAGAAUAUGAUAAAUCUGCUGCUUAUAUUGGCUACAAAGUUGGAAAGACACCUCUUCAUAUAGCAAUUCUCAUCGGCGAUAAACAUAAAGAUGAAGAUGGGAACACUCCGAUCCAUCUACUCGCUACUCAUGACUUUUAUGCUGGUAAUCUUAUACAACACCACACAGUUGAUAAAAUGAUCGUCAACAAAGAAAAUUUAACCGCUCUGGACGUGGUGGUAGCAACGAAGAAUGAAAGCUUUGGGCUAUUUCUGGGAUCUACAGCAAAACACCUAAAGAAGGCUGGAUAUAAACGAGGUCGGCAUUCAAUCAGGCAGGCACCACCUCAUAAUAUGUCAACGAUCAACAGAGAAUUAAUGUCUUCCCUCCGGAAAGCGAGUGAAUCCCAUCAGACAGUAGCCACCCUCAUAGCAACAGUAACUUUUGUGGCAGGUUUCACCUUACCUGGUGGUUACAGUGGUCAAGAUGGCCCUGACGAAGGAACAGCAAUUUUAACUAGAAAAUCAGCAUUCAAAACGUUCCUUGUAACCGAUACCAUUGCACAACCAAAAGAAAGUUUUGUUUUCUAUUCCUUUGGACAUAUCUUUUUCACUGUUGUUGCUCUGGCUUUAAUGGUGGUGGCAUUUAUGACAGGUGAGUAUGCAGUGUUGCCACAUUCCUCAUCAGGUCUUGGGGCUGCUAUUUGUGUCAUCGGAAGUUGUUUGGCUUUAUUGUGUUGCUGGGUGCUCAAGGCUGCGUUGUGUGAAUGA